AUUAUCCAAUAGACUUUGCUUUCGGAAAAUUCUAAAGAUGGUCGACCGAAUAUAAAAAACUGUUUUUAAAUGCUUUAAUAAAUUUCAAUUUACAAUCUGUGUGUUCAGUAUGAAUGAUGAUGAACUAACCAGAAAAGCUACAGAAGCGCUCUUAGAAGAAGCAAGAAGAGGUACAGAGAGGGAAAAGAGUUUAGGAGUUUAUGGAUGGAGAAAACCAAAGGUCAAACCGAAUCGUCGAUUUUUAGCAAAUGUUAUUAAAGCAACACAAAGCUCUGCAAGAGACGUGACAAAACGCCUACAAAAUGCAAAGGCAAAGAGUCAAGAACUCUCAAGAGAUUAUAACGAUAAAGAAAAAUCGGAUAAACGGUAA